UCCUCGAAGCGCGGGAUUUUCCCACCCGGUCAUGGAUAAAAAGAGGUCGUCGAUCUCAGGGAGCCACAGAACCCGGACCACAGGCAGCCCUCCCCGAGCCAGCUCUCCCGCUCCAGGCACCCGCCGCUCCCGCCCUCCGAGCUGAGCACCAUGGCCCGCGCCGCUACCUCCGCCGUCCCCCGGGUCCCCCGGCUCCUCCCCGCCGCGCUGCUGCUGCUCCUCGUGCUCGCCGCCGGCCAGCGCGCAGCAGGGGCUCCCGUGGUCUCUGAACUGCGCUGCCACUGCCUGCAGACCGUGCAGGGAAUUCACCCCAAGAACAUCGAAAGCGUGAAGGUGACGGCCCCGGGAGCCCACUGCGCCCAAACCGAAGUCAUAGCCACUCUCAAGAAUGGGCAGGAAGCUUGCCUCAACCCUGAAGCCCCCAUGGUUAAGAAAAUCAUCCAAAAGAUGCUAAACCGGGGCAGCAAUAACUGACCUAGAGAGAAGGAGGAAGCAGCUCUGCCUUCACAGAACCCAAAAUUUAAGAAGAAAAACAGUUGGCGUCUGAGGAUAUCUGCACUGGGCUUAAUGUGUUUGAAUGUUUCUUAUUAGAGUUCUGUUUUUUAAUGUAUCUAUUUAUUUAUUUAUUUUUCAAAGCUUGUGUUUUAAUAUUUUACAUGUUAGUAUCUGAAGACAUGAAUGUGUUCAGUCAGAAUUCGUUUAGUCCUCAUUAUUUAUUUGAUUUGAAGAUGAUGGGUUUCAAACGUCUCAUUAAGCUAAUAUUUAUUGAGAACCCUUCAAGUGCCAGCCUCUCUGAUGGGGUGGGUGUGGGGGGAACGUCCAAGCAAACAGGUAGUGAGAUCACUGUUAGAGUAGAUGAAUGUGUGUGCACAUCUAUUUCUGUAUUUGUUGAAGAGAAUGUCAGUUAUUUAUUGAAAUUAUUUCACAGUUUGUGGUCAACAUUCUUAUGUUGAAGCAUCCCUUGGACAUUUUAUGUCUUGAUUGUAAGGCAUAAUGCCUUGUUUAAUGUUCAUUAUGCAGUGUUUCUGUAUGUCUUAGUACAAAGAAGUUAUAAUAAUUAUUGUUACAUUUUUAUAAAUAACAUGAAAAUAAAAGUUUUUUCAAAAAUA